AUGCCCAAUGAAAUCCUGGGCAGAAGAAUAACAUGGGGAAACUGGACAAUUGUCAAUGAGUUUGUUCUUGUGGGCUUCUCAGCCCUGUCCUCUGAGCUACAAGCUCUGUUGUUUCUCCUUUUUCUGAUCAUUAACCUGGUUACCCUAAUGGCAAAUGUCCUCAUAAUCCUGGUCACUACAGAGGACUCUGCCCUCCAAAGUCCUAUGUACUUCUUCCUCAGGAACUUGUCUUUCCUGGAGAUAGGUUUCAACUUGGUUUUUAUGCCCAAGGUGCUGGGGACCCUGAUCCUCCAAGACACAACCAUCUCCUUCCUUGGCUGUACUACCCAGAUAUACUUCUUCUUCUUCUUUGGAGCUGCUGAGUGUUGCCUCCUGGCCACAAUGACAUAUGACUGCUAUGUGGCCAUUUGUGACCCUUUGCACUACCCAAUCAUCAUGGGUCACAGGGCCUGUGCUCAGCUGGCAGCUGCCUCCUAGUUCUCAGGAUUUCCAGUGGCUACUGUGCAAACCACAUGGAUUUUUAGCUUCCCUUUUUGUGGUCCCAACAAAGUGAACCAUUUUUUCUGUGACAACCGCCCUGUCAUCGCACAGGGCUGUGCUAAUACCUCUCUGUUUGAACUGGAGGCUCUGACAGCCACUGUCCUAUUCAUCUUCUUCCCUUUCUUGUUGAUCCUGGGGUCCUAUGUCUGCAUCCUCUCCACUAUCUUCAGGAUGCCCUCAGCCAAGGGGAAGUGCAAAGGCUUCUCUACCUGUUCCUCCCACUUCCUCGUUGUCUUCCUCUUCUACAGCACUGCCAUCCUCACAUACUUCAGACCCCAGUCCAGCACCUCUCCUGUGAGCAAGAAGCUGCUGUCACUGUCCUACAGGGUGGUGACUCCCAUGUUGAACCCCAUCAUCUGCAGCUGAAGAAAUAGUGAAGUAAAGACUGCACUGAGGUGGGCCAUCCACAGGGCCCGGGACCCUCAGAAACUAUGA